ACUUCCAUGUUUCACAGCACCUCAAGAUGAGCAGCAGACCGCGAACCGGACCGCCGAAACACGCAAAUAAGUACGCGUGGAAACCCAACGCCGGCGUCAAAAUUAACGAAACCGAAGUCGGAGGUCGGUUCAGGCCGUUAUCAGAUAUCACCGGAGUCUGCCCUAAAUGUAAAGAUCAGAUUGAAUGGAAACGCAAAUACGGCAAAUAUAAACCCCUCAGUGAACCCGCCAAAUGUCAGAAAUGUACUAAACGUGCUGUUCGUCAAGCGUAUCAUAAUCUUUGCAAUGCUUGUGCCAAGGAGCAUAAUGUGUGUGCUAAAUGUUCGUGCCAUGUUGACCGAAUUGUUGGAAGAGAUAUUACUGAAGUAGAGGCUGAGCAGAAAAUGCUUCAAGCGGCUAUUAGUAAUGCCCGAGAGAGAGACAAGAGAUCCUUGCUCCGUGCGAUGAACAAAGGAAAAUCUCAAACAAAAGAAAAGGAACAAGACCAAGACCCAACUGAUGGUCAACACAAGGCUGGUGAUUUGUUUAAAGCUGGAUCACUGGAAGCAUACGCAGGCACAGCCAGAGACGAUGAAGAUGAGGAUGCAAGUGAUGACGAGGCCCAAGUAGUAGUCAACUGAAAAUGUUCUUAGUAUGAAUUUGAAUCUGGUUUUUGAUUAAUCACUAUUUUGCAUUCAGUCAACAUAUAUUGGUAGUGACAGCGUGGUGUUUUGAGUUCGUCUUUGUUUUGCGUGCGUGGUUGUAUGCCUAAUACAGUGAAAAGCUCCAUUUUUGUUCUCUUUGUCAGGGCGGUUUACUAAUCUUGUUUCGGCUUGA